AUGCAGAAUGAGGGCGAAGAUCUACAGUGGGGAGAAAAUACCACGUGGGAGUAUGUCAACUCCAGCGAAUUCGGUCCUUGGACCCAGCAAUUUGGGCGAGUCAAAUCCCACGGCUCAGAAACUCAGCACGACUGUGAAAUCCGCAUGUCGUUAUGCUUUGACGCCUUAGCUCAUUCUCCAGUCGUACUCCUUGGACAUCAUGUCGAUCCUGUUAACGGAUACUCCAUCCCUGUAUAUUUGUAUUGGGGGGUCUUUAACGACGUGUUGAAUUCGACAGGCUCACCAGCUCUCGCUCUUCGAACCAUCUUCACUUUGGCAAUGAGGAUGGCUUAUUACAACUUCAUGCCCACGAUGACCCCGGAGGAUGAUCUGACGAGCAUAACCACUUUCGAAGUUGUCAAGGCACCACAACAAACAUGGGGAUUAACUGUUGUCAUGGCCAUUGUUGUUGGGAACGUACUGGCUUUUCUCAUCGUCGCCUUCUUCUUUCUUUAUGCAACAGACUCGAGUUUUAUCGACAACGCGUGGCAUACCAUAGCGCAGAUUUCCCAGAGCGAGGACGUCAAACCAAUUUUGGAAAGGGCAAAACUUACAUCGGACAAGGAUGUUGAGGAGUGGCUGCGUGGUCAUGAGCCAUCCGAGGGCAAGAUAAGACAUAUCAAGGACUUCUUUCGGGAUAUUGGCCGGAUGUUUAGCCAAAGGGAACCAGAGGGGAGAUAUUUUGUUAAGAACGGGGUGUUUACCAAAGCUGAUCAAAGCUUCCAUUCAUACCACACAAAGCAGAUAUCUCCCAAAAAGAAAUCUACAACACCAUCCAUUCUCACCAUGUCUACACUUCACUUCGCAAAGGACCAGCCACAAGGCUUCUCCAACUAUAUCGAAAGAGUUGCAAUUGUUGGUGCUUCGGGUCGUCAAGGCUCCCAUAUCGUCGAACAGCUUCUGAAGACGGGAAAACACACCAUCACAGCCCUGACUCGCAACAGCAGCUCUUCCAAGGUUCCCGAAGGUGUUAAGAUUGCGCGUGUCGACUACGAAGAUGAAGAGUCUAUCGCAGCCGCGCUCGAGGGCCAACAACUCCUAAUCAUUACCCUUGCCAAUGGAGUCGACGCCGAGGUUCAUCAUCGCAUUGUUCGCGCUGCUGGAAAAGCCGGGGUUGCUCACAUCGUACCAAAUAUCUUUGCCGCAAACAUUGUGGUCGAGAACAAAGGAGCCGUCGAUGAUUUCUUCCCCGCUGCUGGCCUGAGGGAUCUCCUCACUGAGAUUGAGCGGGUUGGUGUCAGUUCUUGGACUGUUCUUGUCGGCAGCAUCUGGUUCGAUUACAGUUUCCCAGCUGGGCCAUUGUUCAUGGGCUUCGAUCUCAACAACUGUCAGGCAACUCUAUUUGACGACGGCGAGGCAAAAGUCAAUACAAGUACUUGGGCUCAGUAUGGCCGCGGCACAGCUGCUCUUGCUGGACUCAAAGUACUCCCUGAGGACGAGAAUGACGCCUCACCUACUCUCGCGCAGUUCCGCAACAAACCACUCUACCUAUCAAGCUUUUAUGUCAGUCAAAAGGACAUAUUGGCAAGUGCGCAGCGUGUUACAAAUACUUCUGAUGCCGAUUGGGAUAUCAAGUAUGAGACUACUAGCGAUCGCAUGGAAAAGGGCAAAGCGCAAGCGGCGUCUGGUGAUUUCCGAGGACUUGUGCAGACUUAUUACUCGUUCAUAUUCUCGCCUAAGGGGCAGAAGCUGAACUUUGAGGAGAAACUUCAUAAUGCGAUUCUUCAGUUGCCUGAGGAGGACUUGGACGAGGUGGUUAAAGACUGCGUUGAGAAGGCCAAGAAUGGAUAUAGCCCGUUUUAG